AUGCCAUUUGGUCUUAAGAACCCAGAACUUAUCCAAACUAAACCAUUCAUCAACGGUGAAUGGUUUGAAUCGAAGUCAACUAAGACUUUUAAGGUCACCAACCCAGCAACUGAAGAGUUCUUGCUUGAGUUACCAGAUCAAACUCCAGAAGAAAUCGAUUACGCUAUCAAAUGUGCUUAUGAAGCUUUUGAAAAGUACAAGAAGACUUCUCCAUAUGAAAGAUCCAAGACCUUAAGAAAGCUAUACGAUCUCAUGAUGGAGAAUCUUGACGAUUUGGCAAGAAUUAUCACCAUUGAAAACGGUAAAAGUUUAGCAGAUUCAUUGGGAGAAGUUAAGUACUCUGCCUCUUACUUUGAAUGGUUCGCUGAAGAAGCCAAGAGAAUGUAUGGUCACACCAUUCAACCUACCAAUCACAACAAUAAGGUUAUAACUUACAAGCAACCAGUUGGCCCUGUCGGAUUGUUGUGUCCAUUCAAUUUCCCCUCUGCUAUGGGUGCAAGAAAGGCUGCACCAGCAAUUGCUGCAGGAUGUACUACUAUCUUGAAGCCAGAUGCUCAAACUCCGUUUUCCGCUUUGGCAAUGGCAUAUUUGGCAGACAAGGCAGGAUUCCCCAAAGGUGUAUUCAAUGUUGUGUUAUCUUCAGUUGAAAGCACCCCAAUGUGUGGUUUAAAAUUCUGUGAAUCUCCACUUAUCAAGAAGGUAUCCUUCACUGGUUCUACCGCUGUUGGAAAAUUGUUGAUGAAGCAAUCUUCGUCUACCUUGAAGAAGUUGUCUAUGGAAUUAGGUGGUAACGCUCCAGUGAUUGUAUUUGACGAUGCCAAAAUAGAUUUAGCAGUAGAGCAAGCAAUUGCCUCUAAGUUUAGAUCCUUAGGUCAAACUUGUGUGUGUGCUAAUAGACUUUACGUCCAUGAGAAAAUCUACGAUGAGUUCACUCAAAAGUUUGUCGCUGCAGUGAAGAAAUUCAAGAUUGGGAAUGGUUUGGACGAAGGUGUCACUCACGGAUCUUUAAUCAACGAUAGAAUCAUUACCAAAGUUGAGGAUCACAUUCAAGAUGCUGUGUCUAAGGGUGCUGAGGUACUUCUUGAAGGUGGUAAGUUGCCUCAAUUAGGUAAGCAUUUCUACGCUCCAACUGUUAUAGGAAACGUUACUCAAGAUAUGAAGGUAGCCAAGGAAGAAACUUUCGGUCCAUUGGGUGCCAUUAUCAAGUUCUCUACAAGGGAAGAAGUAUUGCAAUGGUGUAAUGACACAGAGUACGGGUUAGCCAGUUAUGUUUUCACUGAGAGCUUGAACACUGCAUGGUUCAUGAGUGAAUUUUUGGAAGCUGGUAUGGUUACUGUAAACACUGGUAUAUUCACUGACGCCUCCAUUCCAUUCGGUGGUGUUAAGGAAUCCGGUUUCGGUAGAGAGGGUUCCUUACACGGAAUAGACGACUACACAGUUAUCAAAGCUAUAACAUUAGGUAACGUCUACAACUAA